CUCUUUCAACUUCAAUAUUUACCGUUACCCUUACCUCUCAACCCCUCAAUCUUCAUGUCAGUUAUCGCUUUUCGUUUCGCUUAUCACAAAAACAAUCAAGUGCACGUUUGGUCGUUUGAGGUUUGAUACUGUUGCAGUAAAAGUUGUAGUAAUUUAUACUUUGAAAAAGUUUUACUGUGUUCAGAGAUGAAGUACCAUCGCUGAUCGCCUUCUACAUUAUUUUUUCUCUCGUGUUUCAGAACUUUCGUACGGUGAAUGUUGAAAAACUCAUGCUGUAGACUAUACGAAACUACAUCCCGUUUCCAUCUCAAGAAUAAGGAAUUUGCACGAUGUGGCGUCAAUUUGACAUACGAAUUGGCAAUUUCCUUCUGACCUGUCCGUUUUGUGAACAAGAAUUCAACUCGUUAGCAGAUAGCUUCGAACAUGUGCUGGAGCAUUUCACGUUGGAUAAAUUACAUCAAGCGAAACUUAUCAAAUGGUUAUCCUUGAAACUGAAUAAUCACGAUAACGCGAAUGCGAAUGCGAAUGUGAAUCACGUUAAUAAACCUCAAACACAGCUACUAAGAACGCAAGAAUUCAUCGUGAAUUUGCCAGUCAUCGAUAACUACACAAAAUGCCAGUUUUGCGAGAAAUUCGUCGUCAACAACAUAAUGAAUCACGUAUUCGACCAUUUUGAAAUUACCACCCGAAGAAGACUCAUCGAGCUGUGGUUUAAACGAUUCCUGCAAUCGGACGCGUCUUAUCAUAUCGUUCAAUCUUGCUGCGAAUACAUAAACUCGAUAAAAACCCAGCGAAUAGAUACGUCGAGUUUAUUAGUACAGUUACCGUUGUUCGUAAAUCCAUCAACGAAUACCUGCCGAUAUUGUGGAAUGGUCGCCGGCGAUCCAGCUUCACUAUACGGUCAUUAUGUAGAAUGGCACAGCGAGUUGCCAGUAAAGUAUUACUAUUGCGUUAUUUGUAACUUCAAAACUCUAAGUAAUGAAGAUUUAGCCGACCAUGCUCUGAAAGAACAUUUAAAGUGUCCUUGCGGCCGGAAAUUCCGUACUUUUGUUUGGUGUCUAAGACACGUCAAAUCUUGUGAAAUGGAACCGGAUGGAGUAUGUUGCCCUUUUUGUCAAGGUCAAACUUCGGACGAAAUGAUUCUUCGAAAGCAUAUUUCCAACGCUUGUAAGCCGUUCGCUGCAAUUGCAAAUGAAGGCGAACAAUCUGAUAAUUUCGUCAACUUGGACGAUAUCAAAGAAUUCAUAUCGGAUGAGCAGUGUUUACAAAUUGGAUUGGAAAUGCAGAAUUUAGAAUAAUAAGUGUUCGUCGAUUUGUACGAUUAUUUAUUAAUAGACUUAUUUCGUUUGAAGUUGGUGUAUAUUCUGCAUUCGAUGUUUUCAGUAUAAGUAUAAUGCAGGCUAAAUUAAAUCUUGAAUCGGUAUUUAAAAUGCAGAUUGUUAUUCGUUUCUAUACUAACUUAUUACGUUACCUACUGCUGCUUUUUUUAGAUGAAAGUUUUUUAUUUUGUAAAUUGGUUUGAUAAAUUAAAACACUCUUUAUUGAAAU